AUGGGAAGCUUUGGGACUAACAUCUCGAGUGCCAACAGCUUCACAUUAACAGGCUUCCCAGAGAUGGGGAGCCUGGAGCACUGGCUGGGUGCCUUACUCCUGCUGCUUUAUACUGUCUCCAUCCUGGGAAACACACUGAUUCUCUUUAUCAUAAAGGUGGAGCAGAGCUUGCAUCAGCCAAUGUACUACUUCCUGUUCCUGUUAUCAGUCAAUGACUUGGGUGUAUCCUUUUCUACAUUGCCCACUGUACUGGCUGCCCUGUGCUUUCAUGCGCCAGAGACUGCAUUUGAUGCAUGCCUCAGCCAGAUGUUCUUCAUUCACUUUUUCUCCUGGACAGAGUCUGGGAUCCUUCUGGCUAUGAGCUAUGACCGAUAUUUUGCUAUCUGUAACCCUUUACGUUAUGCCACAGUGCUCACCGAUACCUGUGUGGCUCACAUUGGUGUGUCCAUCAUCACUCGAAGCUUGUGCAUGGUUUUCCCACUGCCUUUCCUCCUGAAGAGACUGCCCUUCUGUAAAGCCAACAUACUGACCCAUGCCUACUGCCUGCAUCCAGACUUGAUCCGCCUGCCCUGUGGAGAUACCACUAUUAACAGCAUGUAUGGCCUAUUCAUUGUCAUCUCUGCUUUCGGUAUAGACUCAGUGCUCAUUUUUCUCUCUUAUGUGUUCAUACUGUGCUCUGUGCUCUCUAUUGCCUCCCGGGAGGAGAGGUUUAAGACACUUAACACAUGUGUGUCACACAUCUGUGCUUUGCUCAUCUUCUAUAUGCCCAUGGUUAGUGUGUCCAUGGUUCACCGAUUUGGGAAGCAUGCCCCUGAGUAUGUGCACAAGUUAAUGUCCCUGGUCUACCUCUUUGUCCCUCCAGUGCUCAAUCCAAUUAUCUAUUCCAUUAAGACUAAGGAGAUCCGCAGGAGGCUACAUAAGAUGUUACUGGGACCCAAGCUUUGA